GGUUCAAGGCACCAAGACCGUGGAAGACUACCACUAGAAGAUGGAAACUUUGAUGAUCAAGGCCGAUGUGGACGAGCCCAUGGACGCUACUAUGGCUAGGUUCUUAUUCGGCCUCAACCGAGACAUCUAAGACCAAAUGGAGCUUCAAGAGUAUGGAACCGUGGAGCAGAUGUUGCAAAAGGCCAUCUUGAUCAAACAACAGGUCAAAAGAAAGAGCGACUCAAAGCCGACCUUUACUCUUAAGCCGUCCUUUGCUCCUAAGCCAAGUUAUCAAGACAAAGGUAAGUCUUCUUCCACAACAAUUACAGCUUUAAAAACUGAUGUUCCUGCUCGUGUUGACAAAGGAAAAGCUAUUAAGAAUCCUAGCCGUGCAAGAGACAUCAGAUGCUUCAAGUGUCAAGAUCUAGGACACUAUGCCAACAAAUGUCCGAACCAAAGAGUAAUGAUUCUCAUGGAGAAUGGAGAGGUUGAGUCCGAGGAUGAACAGGGGGACAAGGAGGAUCUUGGUCCUAUCUUUGAUGAGGAAGAGGAGUCCUUCGACUACCCACAUCACGGACCAUUGCUCGUUGCUAGGAAGGCUUGGAACGAUCCCAUCUUUGAUGAGACGGACGGCCACACGGACGACGAUCUUGGCCCGGCCUUUGACACUGAUUCUGAGCCAAUCUUUGAUGAGGAGGACAGCUUUGACCACCCAGCUUAUGGACCACUAUUGGUCACUAGACGUUCCUUGAGUGUUCAGCCCAAAACCAAUGAAAAAGAACAAAGGGAGAAUCUCUUUCAUUCUCGUUGUUUAAUCUCUGAAAAAUUUUGUUCUUUGAUCAUUGAUGGUGGGAGUUGUACUAAUGUUGCUAGUGAUACUCUUGUCAGGAAGCUAGGGCUAGGUACUCGACCUUUUUCUCGUCCUUUCAGGUUGGAAUGGCUCAAUGAAACCGGUGAGCAGUAUGUAAAGGAACAAGUCAUGAUCCCUCUUACCAUUGGACGAUAUGAGGAUGAGGUUGUUUACAACGUUCUUCCUAUGGACGCUUGUCACAUCCUUCUGGGCCGUCCAUGGCAGUUUGAUAAGAGAGCCAUCCAUGAUGGCUUCACAAACCGACACUCCUUCGACCAUAAAGGAAAGAAGUUCACGCUGGUGCCUUAGUCUCCAUUAGAGGUUCACCAAGAUCAGGUCCAACUCAAGAAGAACCGCGACCAGGAACCUAAGCCGGACGAGCCUGAGUCAUCUCAACGGAACUCCAACUUCUUCAUAAAAAAAAGUCAGGUCAAGAGGUCUCUCUACUCUCAAAAGCCAUUUCUUUUACUUGUGUAUAAAGAAUCUCUUAUGGCUUCACCUUCUUCUGACCUUGCACCGGAGAUUCCGAGUGAGUUUCUAGAUGUUUUGCAGGAUUUUCUGAUGUUUUUCCAGAUGAGAAUCCUAAGGGAUUGCCACCAGUGCGAGGCAUAGAACAUCAGAUUGAUUUUGUUCCGGAGCAUCUCUACCGAGCCGGCCAGCCUAUAGAACCAAUCCAGUGGAGACCAAGGAACUUCAGAAGCAGAUUGGUGAUCUUCUGGAGAAAGGCUACAUCCGGGAGAGCCUUAGCCCUUGUUUUGUGCCAGUCCUCCUAGUGCCCAAAAAGGAUGGAUCUUGGCGCAUGUGUGUGGACUGUCGUGCCAUCAGCAACAUUACGGAAAGUAUAGGCAUCCCAUUCCUAGGCUUGAUGACAUGCUAGAUGAGGUGGAUGGUUCGUCAGUAUUCUCUAAGAUUGAUUUAAAAAGUGGCUAUCACCAAAUUAGAAUGAAAGCAUGUGAUGAGUGGAAAACUGCAUUUAAGACGGAACUAGGAUUGUAUGAGUGGCUUGUCAUGCCAUUUGGUCUUACUAAUUCACCUAGCACUUUUAUGCGUUUGAUGAAUCAUAUCUUAAGGUCUUUCAUUGGUCAUUUCGUGGCUGUUUACUUUGAUGAUAUUCUUAUCUACAGCAAGAACCUUGAUGACCAUAAGAUGCACUUGAAAUCUGUUCUUGAUGUUCUACGGAAAGAAAAACGUUUUGCAAAUCUUGGAAAAUGCUCUUUUGGAACAGAUCACGUGGUGUUCUUAGGCUUUGUUUUAGGUGAUAAUGGACUUAGAGUGGACGAGGAAAAGAUCAAAGCCAUCCGAGAUUGGCCGAGUCCAACGACCGUGGGCGAAGUAAGGAGUUUACAUGGUCUGGCCGGCUUCUACAGACGAUUCGUCCAGAAGCCCAUUGAAGUGAUCAAGAAGAACAUUGGGUUCCGCUUACUGAAGUGAUCAAGAAGAACAUUGGGUUCAAGUGGGAACAAGCCCAAAAAGAGGCAUUCCAGAUUCUAAAAGGAAAGUUAACUCAAGCUCUUUUGCUUACUCUUCCUGAUUUCUCUAAAACUUUUGAGAUUGAAUGUGAUGCUUCGAGUGUUGGUAUUGGUGCUAUUCUGAUGCACGAUAGGAAACCCAUUGCUUAUUUCAGUGAGAAACUUGGAGGAGCCACGCUCAACUACCCCACUUAUGACCAGGAGUUGUAUGCUUUGGUGAGGGCUCUUCAAACAUGGCAUCAUUAUCUUUGGCCAAAAGAGUUUAUGAUCCACACGGAUCAUCAGUCCUUGAAACAUCUUAACCACAUGGUUUCAUUGUAUUUUUCUUUCUCCAAUCAAGAUUCUGAACCAUAUAUACUCUUUUUGCGUUGUCAAUUUGAACUGAAAUUGGUAUCAUAUACGUUUAAAUAUUGUCUGACUGGAAUAUUUUGAAAACCACGUUAAGCCUUGUUUCUAGAUAAUUUAAUAUCCGCGUGUUAGUGUAGUCCAAUUUAUUAGAAUACAAUAUUGAUAGGCUUGGAUCACUGAAACUUAAGCUCACAUCCUUUUCUUCAGCUUGCGAGGUUUUGAGAUGCAUCGCUUCGUGUUAAGAGAAGAUCUACACAUCAGAUCCAGACUCUCUGAUUCAUCAUCUGCAAUGGCUCUUGGGUUACUUCAGAUCCUAGUUAUCAAGAAGAAGUAAGUAUACAUUUCUUAAACUUAUAGACUAUGAAAUGAAUGUAUUAUCCAUUCUUAAUUCAUAAGCUUAGACAGCUGAACCUUUUUUAUUGUUUUUUUAAUAGUAUUCAUGAUUUUUCUAUCAUUUUAUCCGUGGUGUACAUGUACUGCUCAUUGGACACCAAACUCCGGAGACAUGAGUGUACUUCAAUACGAAGAAGUAAAAAUGCAGAAACGGUCGGAAUCAUGUUCCUCUAGCACAAGCGCAGUGACUGGUGAAAUGGCUUUACAUUGGAUGCUUCUUGGUCCCAAUGGCUGUGUGGAUAAUAGUACCCUUUCUAAAGGCAU